UGAAAUUAUGUUCAGUAAAUAUAACAAAUAUUGGCGCGAUGCAAAAUUUAGAAAACUUUACACGGAUUAUCGUUCUAGACGAGUUAGUGCUAUUUGUUCGUAUGACAUCCAAAAGUGGGAAAUGUGUUGAAGUUCGCAGUCUCAAGUCAGCAAAUCAAACAUGUUGAGAAAAAAAUUAACGCACAUUCCGAUCGAAAGAGAUGAUCGACAAAAGCGGUGUCGCWAGUUGCAACGUAUGCGCCGAUGGGACAUGAACGUCCGCGUAGAAGGGAUAGAGAGAGAGAGUCGUAACCAACACGAGAAUUUCGUCAACGAUCGAUUCACGGUCGCGGCGCACUCGUAACCACAACAAUAAUAAUAAUAAUAAUAAUAAUAAUAGUACAACGGUGCCGACCGUUUCGCAUCGGCUGGGCGUUGUGCAGCGGCAAAGUCGAAAACGUCGGCCCGGUCACAUGGCCGUCGAUUGUCCGCGAUAACGAAUGAAAAGCAGCAGCAGCAGCAGCAGCAGAAGCAGCAGCAGUAGUAGUAGAACAAUAAUGAUGGUAGGGCUGCCGAUGCGUUUUCGUAGUAUUAGUUCAAACUCGAUCCGUUCCUUCGAUCAGUCUUGCGUUUGAUCGGCCGGCUCGUGGUCUGUCCCGGUGUAGACGUCUUCUUGCUGCCACUGUUGUCACUGUCACCGCAUACGAAGUACACUGUGUCUUUCUUGAUUAUUCAAAAUCGUUUCAAAUGGUGACGGCCCACGGUUUUGCUUUUCGUGCACUCUAGUAAGUGGUAUACGUACGAGCACAUCGUGGCUAUAUCAUUCACAACUGACAACACGAUUUCGUCUUCGACUUGUCGCCGAUUUUAUUUAAGAAAAAAGCAAUACGCUUAAUCUCGAGUCCAUGGCCAACAAAAUGCGGUCCAAGAACCCGCCAGAGAAGAAGACGCCGCCGGCUCCGGCGCCGGUUAUCAACAAACUACCCCCGGACGGUGGUUGGGGCUGGUUUGUCGUGUUCGGAUCGUUCAUGAUACACGUAGUCACUGAUGGUGUAACUUAUUCGUUCGGUGUUCUAUAUACAGAAUUUUUAGAAGUUUUCAAAGAAAGUAAAGGGGCAACUGCAUGGAUUGCAUCCUUAUUGGUUGGAGUUACUUUAUGUUCAGGGCCCAUCGCCAGUAUUUUUGUAAAUAAAUACGGUUGCCGUGCGGUGACUAUUGCGGGAGCCAUACUUGCGAGCAUUUGUUUGAUGACUAGUGUAUUUGCCAAUAGUUUAGUAACUCUGUACAUAACUAUCGGACUCGGAACAGGUCUGGGCUUUGGUAUGAUCUAUCUGCCUGCCAUCGUGAGCGUGACGUGCUAUUUCGAUAAGUUCAGGUCACUGGCUACCGGUAUCGCCGUUUGCGGUUCCGGGCUGGGCACGUUCAUCUUCUCACCGUUGGUCGAUUUCUUGGUGAAAGGGUACGGCUGGAAGAUCACCUUGUCCGUCAUAUCGGGCCUGGUGUUCAUGUGUACAUUGUUCGGCAUGCUGUUCCGGCCGCUGAACGCUACCAAAUCCGACGACGAUGGUGACGAUAACGGUGAAAGACCGGCGCUGAUGAACGGAGCCGUGACCAACACAGUCGUGCUGAACAUCGUCGAACCACCGGCGGCCGAAGGACAGUCGUUAAACAAUGUUAUUGUUGGUAGCGUGGACACGGCCACUCGGUCAUACGAUCACAUACCCAAUUCGGACGAUGACGACGAGUGGCGUGGCGCUGGCCACGACCAGACCGAGAUAUCGCACGACACGCUGCUGUUGUCGGACGGCAGGAGGACCAGCAAAAGCUCGACCACGGCCGCAGCCACGUCCAAUGCAGUGGUUGACUCCCCAGCUGCAUCAUUCGGCAAUGAUCUGGACAGACAGUCGCGGUUCACGCUCAGUCAGCCAGAGCUGAUCGCCGGUUCCGGUGGCCGACACAGCUGUCGGCUCAACACUCGGCAGCGGAACGAACUGUGCUACGCCAGUCAGAAUCUAAAGCCAUCCGCGAAUGGUGGCAGCGGCGGUAUCAUGUACCAGAAAGACAUAUUUUACAGCGGCAGUCUGGUCAACUUAAACGUGAACCGCAGGAGGACCAUAUCGCAGUCGACCAACGCCGGUGCUUAURCCACUGAAAUGACCACUACAAACAUGGAAAGCGACCAAUUUUCGGAUGGUAUCUGUUGUUCUGCUGACGCCAAGAACACAAUAAAGACUAUGUUGGACUUCUCUCUGCUUAAAGACCCCGUUUUUAUACUGUACACAGUAUCCAACUUCUUGACGAGCAUUGGCUUCAACAUACCUUACUUGUACUUAGUGCCCCAAGCCGGCAUGAUGGGCAUAAAAUCAAAACAUUCAAGUUACCUGUUGGCGUUGCUGGGCAUAGCCAACACUUUGGGAAGGAUCAUACUCGGAUUUAUAUCGGACAAACCGUGGAUAAACAGGCUCAUGGUGUACAAUCUGUGUUUGACUAUUUGUGGAAUAGGUAAGCGUAAAUUGUUCAUAACAAUUCUUUUCCCCAGACAAAUACGACCGUUAUAGUUCGAAUUUCAGGGUUUAAAAUAUUUUAAUAUAAUUUUUGGUUUUUCGAUCGGCGCGUACGUCGGCCUGACGUCGGUGAUUCUAGUAGACCUGCUGGGCUUGGAUAAAUUAACAAACGCUUUUGGAAUCUUGUUGAUGUUUCAGGGCAUUGCGUCACUUGUCGGACCACCCAUAGCUGGGUGGCUGUUCGACUUGACGGGCUCGUACAACCCGGGUUUUUAUCUAUCGGGGUCAAACAUCGCCGUCAGUGGUKUGAUGCUAUUCGUUAUACCGUACGUCCAACGACAGUGUGAACGGAAGGAACUGGAGAAAAUGACUGGAGUAGUAAAUAAUAAUUAACACGUAAUGACAGGUGGACACAUAGACACACACAAUGUACUCCUAUACGAAUUGUUAUAAAUGUAAAAUGUUACGUUAUUUGGGAGAUUAUUUAAAAGAAAAAUUCAUUGACAUAAAUCAAAUCUAUUAUUAUAGUUAAUAUUAUAUACGUUAAAACGUGUCUCCAGGACUAUAACGCGCAGAAUGCGUUUAUAUUUUGUAUUUUCAUUUAUUUUUUUCUCUGCUCCGCGGGSAGAUUCCGUUGCCGCGUUCUUCCUGUUUCGAUUUUGCUCAAAAUAUGUUUUUAUAUGAAUAAUAUGAUAUAGGUUUACAAUUGUAUAUUUAAUAUUAUAUAGAUAUUUCUUCGUUUUUAGUUUUAACCGUGAAUUUGUAUUCUCGGCAAGCAGGCGAAGACAUUUCACGAAACACUCGAAUAUAAUAUUAAUAUAAUACCUAAAUACAUAAUUAAGUUUUAUUUUUCUGUUCGUUUAAUUAUUACACAUUCGUCUAGUGAUUUACACAUUACUGAUUUUCCAAUUUUUUUUUUUUUGCUGCUGAUUUUUUAAUGAAUUAGUUAUUAGCAUGUAUCUAAUAUCAAUCGAAUUAAAAUUAAAAUUCACUUUUAAUUUAAAUAUUUUUAUUUAUCAUACAUAAAUAUUUUAGCCGAUACUAUAUGUAUUUUUUCAAAGGACCAAAACACAUAAUAUAUUAUAUUUUAUAAAUUAUUGUACCCAUAAUACUAAUUAAGGUGAGUGAUCGUGAAAUAACUAAAUGGCUUAAUAAUUUGUUGAAAUUUAAUAAUCAUCGUAUAAUUCAAAUUAAAUAUUAAUCAACGUUAAAUUUAUCGGAAUCAAAUUAUUUUAGAUAGGAUCAUAAAUGUUUCAUAAGUUUUCCGACGGUGAAAAACUAAACAGUUUACCGCUAGUUUUGUCUGUUACUCGAUUGAUUUUAUUAUCGAUUUCCGAGAAACCGGAAACAAAUUGUUUGAUUAGACGACCCCCAACUAAUUUGCUUAACAUAAUAAUAAUUUAAAGAAUAUUAAUUUAAUCUUUUAAAAAAUAAUUUAUUUAUUUUACAUAAUUUGCACGCGAUGUUUCAAUAAAUCGUUACGCCUAUAUUAUUGUGUAGGUAGUAUUUAAUUUUAUAAAAGGUUCAUACCUUAUACCUACAUAAUAUUAUAAUAUACAAUAUA